GCGUGUGAUGGUUGACACUAGCUGCAGAUCUGCUGGGUUCUCUAUGACAGAACACAUACUGGGAAGAUCCGCUUAUUUACUUAUUUUAAUCAGAUUUAGAGAUUUCCCAGCGUUUCACUCGUAUAGACACCCCACCCACUGAUCUGAAAUCAGUUAAAUAUGAGAAAAUCACGUGUGAAAGUGAAAUAAUGCUAAUAAUCGUCUUUGUGCGGUUUAGAAACUGAGCUUCAAGCCUCGACGGAGCAGUUUAACAACUACAAUGGACAACAUUUACUGAUCUUUUUCUCACAUGUACAGAAAUAUGGAGACGUUUGUUUUAUUUUUAGUUGUGUUACUCGUGGAUGGAGUGCUUGGUGUUGCUGAUGAAAUACAGUCUGUGUCAGUGACGCAGGGAGAUUCGGUCACUUUAUAUACUGAUGUUACUGAAACACAGAAAGCUGAUCUGAUACUGUGGACGUUUGGAUCUGACAGCACUCGGAUAGCUCAGAUCAACAGAAUGUCCAAUAAGAUCUCAUUAUAUGACGAUGCUCUCGACGGGAGAUUCAGAGACAGACUGAAGCUGGACGAUCAAACUGGAUCUCUGACCAUCACAGACAUCACAACUCAACAUGCUGGACUCUAUAGAUUUCUACAGAUCUUUGAUGGAAAAGAAGUCACACCCAAAAAAUUCAGCAUUAUUGUUUCUGGUGAGUCGUUGUCUCGAUGCAUUCGGUUUGAUUUCGUUGCGUUGCGGUGUGGAUCCAUUAUAGGCCUUAUUCUCUCGUGCUUUCCAGCAUUUCUGCCUGUUCCUGUCAUCAGCAGAAACUGUUCAUCAUCAUCAUCAUCAUGUUCUCUGCUGUGUUCAGUGGUGAAUGUGGGUCAUGUGACUCUCUCCUGGUACAAAGGAAACAGUUUAUUGUCCAGCAUCAGUGUGUCUGAUCUCAGCAUCAGUCUCUCUCUACCUCUGGAGGUGGAAUAUCAGGAUAAAAACACCUACAGCUGUGUGCUCAACAAUCCCAUCAGCAACCAGACUCAACAUCUGGACAUCACUCAACUCUGUCACACAUGUUCAGCACCAGGUUUGUCCGCAGCUCACGUAGCACUGGUUUGUGCAUGUGCUUUGGCUGUGGCUGCAGUUUUGUGUGGUAUUUACUAUUACUGUCAGCGCAAGACGCCUAAACAAGCAGCCGAAGGUGAAGGAGAACUUAUCAAGCUAAAUAAAGCUGCAGUUCCUUUGCUAGCUAUGCAGCCAAACGAAACAUCUACUCAGAAAGAAGAUUUGCAAAAUAGUGUGUUUCUUAAAGAAGGUGAAGUCACUCUGGUGCACAUGAGUGAAGGACGCUCUGUCAAACUACACACUGAUCUGACUGAAACACAGGACACUGACAUAAUAUGGUGGAAGUUUGUUGAUUCCAAAGAGCACAAUUGUGCUAAAUUUGUUAUCAUAGCCAGACUGAAUAAAACCAGCGACGAGGAAUACCUGUGUAAUUUAGAAAUGUUCAAAGACAAGCUGAAACUGGACCACAGUACGGGAUCUCUCACCAUCUCAAGCAUCACACCUGAACACUACGGACAUUAUAAUCUACAGAUCAUCAGGAAAGGAGAGAUGGUCGUUCAUACGUUCAGUUUUAUUGCUCAUGAUCUAAUGAGAAGAGAGCAAACCCAAAGCCUUAAACAUAGGAGACAAACCUGCCCGUGAUUACAACCGCUGACCUUUCCGUAAAUGAAGACUGGAAUAUCAUCCACAUUUCAAUUCCACUGACAAAAACAAUAAACAUUACUUUACUUUUUUC